ACCCUCUUUCCUGUCCAUCAGCCCUCAGCCCUCAGCGGCGGCGGUCACCGAUUCCUCCCCCACAAACACCUUGUCCGAAUCCUGGCCAACGUCGGUCAGGAGCGGACGAUAAAUCUGGCAGCCUCGCAGGGUGCCUGAUCGAUUCCCGUCAAGCGUGUGCUGGAUUGGUCUUCAAUUCGGGCUCUCGGCUAGGCUUGGAGCAGCAGCUAGCAGGGGGCAGGCAGAUCCGGCAAUGGAACCAGCAACAAGGGAGGAUGAUCGCCGUCACGAUUCCCGCGCCGGCGGCUGGUACGGCGAGGAGGAUCCUCCGUGGAUAGCGCUUCGUCACCGGUAUUCCCGGGAUUUCAUAGUGAGGGUCGAGCAGGAGCGGGAUCGGGCUCGAUCCGCGGAGGCCGCCAUAGAUGGGGAGCAGUGGGACGAUGACGCCGUCGAUGCGCAUCGUGCCUACAGCGACCCGGCCUCCAAGAAGGCCAUGCUGGACAUGCCGGUGCCGGAGGUGGGCGAGACGAGGGAGCAGGACUGCGCUGUCUGCCUCGAGGAUUUCGUGGCCGGCGCCGGCGCAAAGGCACUCAGGAUGAUGCCCUGCUCCCACUCCUUCCACCAGAGCUGCAUCUGGGACUGGCUCCUCGUUAACCGGCUCUGCCCAGUCUGCCGUUUUGCGAUGCCCCCGAAGUCCGCUGACGACGAGCUGGUGAUGGUUGAGAAAGAAGCUACAUCUGAACAAGCUGGUGGGAACGGAACCGAAGAAUGUCCAUCUACUGAGCCACACAGCCAGUCAUUGUGAUCGCAGCCUGCCCUGCGCUGUUUCUGUUCAUCGGAUUAGUGACCGCAAUCGUUGUAAUUUGACUCAAAAUUACUCUCGUCCAUGUUUAUCUCCCCUUCUGGUACGCGCAAGUAGAAGCAAAUAUCGCAUUUUUAUCUGUCAACUCCCUCUCUGUAUGCUCUUCACUAGCUACUUCCUGCAUAUGUACAAGGAAACCAACAAUAUCGAUGGAUUGAGUUUACAGUUUACACAGCU